GUCAACUGUGUGUCAGGUCAACCCAGUCUGUUAAGUUUUCACUUGUGUUGUAGCUGUUUGUGAGAAAUCAAUCUAGACAAAUACCAAUAUAUAUUUUGAAUAAAGUUUAGUGAAGUAUAAUGCCAGGGAAGUGCUCUUUGGAACAGGGUGGUAGAACCGGGACUCAGGUGAUCACAGUCCUAUGCUGCACUAGUGCUCACUGUGACUGUCUUCCUCUGACAAUUAUCUGAAGUACAUGUCAAGCCCCUCAAAAUGACACUCAAGAUAACCAUGCCAGGAGAACAAAGUGGGCUUACAUUCUCUCAGCUGAGACUCUUUCUUUGUUUCCUGAUGUAUUGUUGGGUUCUUGCUGAUCCAGUAUGUGGGUACUUCCUGAAAAACUGCACAAUCCGGGGUAAUCUCAGUGACCCCUCUAACAUGAAAGUACUCUGUGAAAAGAGGAACCUAGAAGUCAUGCCUAUAGACAUUCCACGGAAAGUAAGCGUUUUAGAUGUGGCCAUGAAUAACAUUUCCAAAAUUGGAAAGUUGGAUUUUAAAGGCCUAUCAAACCUCAAAAUUCUAAACAUGUCAAGAAACCAGAUCUCUCAAUUGGACAAUGGGUCUCUCAGACACCUAGAGGCUCUUCAGGAGCUGGGUCUGGCUCAUAACAGACUCACUACCUUGUCAGACCAUUUGUUUCAAGGUCUAGUCAACCUCUCCCUGCUACAUCUGGACAACAACUUCAUUGCAACCAUCAGCUCCUCAUCAUUUCAGCCUCUCUCCAGUUUGAAGACAGUGAAUUUAACCAAGAACAUCCUUUAUAUUAUGAAGGAAGUUCAGCCCAUCGUACAAUUACCACACUUACAGGAGUUGUACAUUGGGAGCAACAAAUUCACCUCUUUCCAGUCACAGGAAAUAUCAAACACUUCUAUAGAGCUGAGGCUGUUGGAUUUAUCCCGGAAUCCAUUGGGAGUCUUCAGGAUCACGGCAGAUGUUCUUCCUUACCUUGAGGUGUUAGACAUCGCCUACUGUGGCCAACUUGGACGCAUGGAAUGGGAUGUGCUGAACAGGUCUUUUCUGAGCAACGUCAAUCGUCUCAACUUGAGCGGCAUUGAGAUGUCUUUCGAGAGGAUGGGUAUGGUGCUGCAGACUGUCAACUCCUCAUUAGUCCAUCUGAGAUUGAAUGACCUUGUCAAAGGCUCAAAGCUCAAGGUCAAGGCUCUCACUGAUAUUGCCUGCCAUAUACCUAAACUCAGCGUGCUCCGACUCGAAUAUAACAACAUAGGUAAUCUCUCUGAGGAAUUUCUGCAGUCAUGUAAACACAUGACAGAAGUGGACAUAUCAAAUACUGGUCUUACUCAGCUGUCUGAAUUUUCAUUCAGAUCAAUAGAGCAAAUAAGUGCUUUGAAAAUGGGCCACAACAGGCUUUCUUCCGUACCAAAGGCCACAAGAAAUCUACCUACACUGAAGAUCCUGGAUCUCAGCUUCAAUAUCAUCAAUAAACUAGGCUGCUCAGAUUUCUCCAAUCUUACAGGACUCACACAACUCUUUCUUUUCCACAAUCAAAUCCCCAACCUUCCAGGAUGUGUUUUCCAGGAUUUGAAAGAAUUAAGGAUCCUUAAACUGGGAUCAAACAAAAUCCUGACCUUGAAUGAAGCCUUCAUGAAUGGUUUGCACAAACUUGAGACUUUGAAUUUGGCAGGCAAUAAACUGAGCUCUAUCAGAAAAGGAGAGUUUAAAAGCUUAACAUCACUCAAGACUUUACUUUUAUAUGACAAUCAGAUUGCCAGUAUGGAAGAUGGAGCCUUUGAGGGAUUGGUCAACCUUACAGAACUUAACCUGGGCUCAAAUAAGAUCACUCAAAUAGACAUAAGAAACACUGUGCUCAUGGGGCUUCCAAGCUUAAGAACUCUUGAUAUAUCCUGUAAUUACAUCACAUAUGUAAAUGAUGGUAAAUUAGACCCUCCACCCUUCUCUCAUCUGACAUCUCUGGAGAAUCUGCAGAUCCAUAGUCAGCGUCACAAGGGACUGUGUCAUCUACCUAUCAACUUCCUUGAAGGUCUGAAAUCUUUAUUGGCAUUCAAGGCAGGGAAUCUCAAUAUUAAGGACCUGCACCCAAACACAUUUAUUCACACACCACGGUUGUGGUACCUUGAUGUCAGUAAGAAUGAGUUCACAGCCCUCAUGCCAAAGCUGUUUCACCCAACCCCAAGGCUCAACAGAAUGUACAUGUCCAAAGCCCAACUUCAGUCCUUAGAUUUCCUCAUAGGAGCAAACCUCAGUAGAGUCACUUUCUUGCAGGUGAGCAAGAACGACAUAACAGCAGUCAAUGAGACGGUGUUGCAAUCUCUCCCUGCCUUGACAUACCUGGACAUGCAAGAUAAUCCUUUCACCUGUGGCUGCAGUGAUGCUUGGUUUGUCCAGUGGAUGGAGAGUGACAACCAAACACAAGUUGUUGGUGCAGGAGAAUUUACCUGCAACUAUCCUGCCGAUCUAAAGGACACCAAGUUGUUGGAUGUUGAGCUUCAGUUCUGUACAGUGGACUUAGGACUUUACUGCUACAUCUCUACCACUUGUCUGGUCCUCCUCACCCUGGUAGCAUCCUUUGCCUACCACUUCCUGAAAUGGCAGGUAAUUUACGGCUAUUACCUCUUCCUGGCUUUCCUCUAUGACACCAAGCAAAGGAAAAAGCACACGCCUCAUGGCUGUCAGUACGAUGCCUUCAUCUCCUACAACGCCCACGAUGAGCCCUGGGUCCUGAGGGAGCUUCUGCCAGAGCUGGAGGGAGUGCAGGGCUGGAAGCUGUGUCUCCACCACCGGGACUUCCAGCCAGGCAAACCCAUCAUAGACAACAUUAUGGACGGCAUCUACGGAAGCCGCAAGACCAUCUGUGUCAUCAGCCACCGCUACCUGGAGAGUGAGUGGUGCUCCCGGGAGAUCCAGGUUGCCAGCUUCCGGCUCUUUGAUGAGCAGAAGGACGUCCUGAUUCUGGUGUUCCUGGAGGAGAUCCCUACCCACCAGCUGUCACCCUACCACCGGAUGAGGAAGCUAGUGAAGAGACGCUCAUACCUGAGCUGGCCCAGAGCUGGGGAGCAAACCGGGGUCUUCUGGCAGCAACUACGGUUGGCUUUAGAGAGCAAGGAUGGCUCUGCUGAGGAAAAUCCCAUCCUCUCUGGGGUGGAGGCUUUGUGAUAGUGAAACCUUGAUUUGAAACAACCAUCACUCUCUGAACCUUUUCUGUAUAUUUACAUGAGAAUAUUGAAGAUGCACUCUCAAACUUUUGUCUAUUUUCAGCCAGUAGUUUUGAAAGUGGUGCUUACGAGCCAGAAGUGGUCCUCGUUUUCUGUGUAUCACGUCAUCUAAAGUGUUUUAAACUAAUUUGUAUGAUAUGACAUGUUACGAAUCUAAUUCAUCAUAAUAGUAUGUUAUGAUUUUGCUGUGCUCUGCAUCCUGGAGUGCAUCUUAAGAAAUCGUUAAUAGUACUGACGCACCAAUGCGUCAAUCUAAGUAACAUAAUAAAUUUAAAAAUCCUGGUCUCAGA